CAGAUAAUUCUCCUGUAGUAUUUGAUUGCGGUCCCAAUAUAGAAGAUCGUGGUAUUUGUGCCGUAGAUGCGUGUGACCCUGAGAAAUGUUUUCAAGAACCGCGUGUGGUGAUUAUCGGGGCUGGCAUGGCUGGACUUUCAGCGGCAGCAAGAUUGGCACAGCGGGGAAUAAACAAUGUUGUCGUUUUGGAAGCAUACGAAAGGCCCGGCGGGCGCAUUCUUUCAUGUUGGCUCGGCGAUAUUGUAGCUGAAAUGGGUGCCAGCUGGAAACCAGACAAUGCUUCAACUCAUCCAAUUUACACAUUAUCAACAAGAGAAAAUCCACCGCGCCCGGGAGUGCCUGGCGCCGAACAUACGCGCGGUUUAUUUAAUAGUGCUGUCAGCGGUAAAAUACCUUUUCCACCCACUAUAACAGCUUAUCAUAAAUUUCGUCAAAUUGAAGAAGAAGCUGCACAAAUAUUUUGUCUAGGUGGGAAUAAACAACAAGGAUCUCUCCUCAAUUUUAUGAGCCUGAGGAUACAACAAGAAUUACAUGAAUAUCCUGAAGAGCAACAACACGAUGCAGCGAGAAUUAUGUUUGGUCUCUCACAUAUGCUUAAUGCUCGCUCUGGCGAUGAUAUAGGAAUGCUGUGUGCUGAUCAUUUAGGAUGUUUUAUGAAUAUGCCAGGCGGCGAAGUGCGUGUGCCCUUGGGUUUGGUGGGCAUUUUAGCUCCAUUUCUACGGCAAAUACCUGAAGGUGCAAUUCGUUAUUGUAAACCGGUCGGCUGUAUUUAUUGGGGCACUUGCAUGAAAUCAGGAUAUCCCGCUGUUGUGUGUACAACAGACGGAGAAGAAUUUCCAGCACACUAUGUUAUUGUAACACCAUCUAUAGGCGUUUUGUAUGCAAAUGCCGUAAGAUUAUUUUGUCCUGAACUACCUGCAUCCAAAGUUAAUGCUAUCAGAGGUUUGGGUUUGGGUGCAUGCAAUAAAAUAUACUUAGAGUAUUGUCGCCCUUUUUGGUUCUGGCACAAAGGUAAUUUAAACUUUAAAAUGGAUCCACAUACAAAGUGUGGCCGCAUGGAUUGGACUAAUGGAAUACAGUCCAUUGAAAUUGCGCCUAACAGUAAACACGUUCUGUGUGUCUUAGUAGCGGGGAAAGAAGCAACUAUGAUGGAAAGCAUUUGUGACAGAGAUGUAGCCGAAGGGAUUACGGAAGUAUUAAAGAUGUAUACACAAAACCCGAACAUACCAUAUCCAAUGACAGUGUUACGAUCUGGUUGGUCUUCAGAUCCCUACUUUUUAGGAGCAUUCUCAUGUGAUUGUCCGGGCUCUGAUGGAUACGCUCAGCAAGCUCUGGCAUGCCCAAUCCCCGGGCCAAGUGAGCCGAUACCACCAAUUCUUCUAUUUGCUGGAGAAGCAACGGUCCCUGGUCAUAAUGGAACAGUAUCAGGUGCACGAUUAAGCGGAAUACGAGAAGCAGAAAGAAUUGUACAGCUCACAUUUCGAUAUAGAGGCCCGCCUCUACCCGACAACUGUAAACCAGCGUAACAAACAAUACAACAAUGUUUCAAGUAUUUCGCUAGGUUUCUUGUUUUACUAAGUUCUACAACCAUUGUUAUUGCAAUAUACGAAUGAUGUUAACAUAGUUGCUUUGAAUACGCGUUAUCUUGGUUAUGUUGUGCAGUAAGUCAUAUUGUGCAAGUCGUGUCUUGAAGUCGCCAAAUAUGUCGCGAAUACAAUAAAUCUGAUAUAAUUGUGUAGUAUUUAUAUUCAAAAUGUUUUAUUUAUAUAUUUAUUUGAAAUUAAAUAUUCAAUUAUCAUACUUAAUUAUUUGAAGAUUAACAGGUCAAUCCAUAUCA